GUAUGUUGGGUUCACCCUAAUCUUUGUUCCUUUCAAUUGCUAGUGGUUCCCGAAUUUCUCUCCAAUUUUCCCGCCGGCUCUUCCCCUCAAUCUGCAACUCCAGCUUUGCUAGUUGGAUUUUUGGAAAUUAGUGGGUUUGAUUGUUGUGUGAUGUCCGAGAGAAAAGGGGAGAAUUCCGUGAAUUGGCCAUUUUCUAUCAAGGCCGGUUCUCCCAAAUUCCCGUCCAUUAGUUUGAGAAAUUGUAUAUUUGUAAUUGUGUAAUUGUGUAUACAUAGAUAUUAAUUGGGAACAUUGUGAUUAGGUCCUUGAUUGUCCUGUGGCCUUAGCACUGGGAUUAGGCCUUCUGUCCUGUGUAAUUCUGUCCUGUGUAAUUAAGGUAAGUAAAUUAUCGUAAAGCCUUUCGAUUUUAAAACAUGUUUUAAAUUGUUUUUGAGAUGGUGGCAAGGUUUAAAUUGAUUUUAUCAGCAUCUGAGUGUGAUUUAACUGAAAUGAAACUUGUGAUGAUUUUUAUGAAAGAUUAUUAUUUUUUGGAAUUGAGCAUGAUUGGAAUGAAAAUGAGAAUUUCAUUGUUUUUUGGAAUUGAGCAUGAUUGGAAUGAAAAUGGGAAUUUCAUUGUUUUCUAGAAUUGAGCAUGCCCACAUGAGAUUCUUCGGUUUAUUUUUGAAAGUGAGAAUGAUCGUGAAUCGUGGUUUCUGUAAAUCUUGCUUGGUUUUGUCUCCGAUAUGGUUGUGUAAUCGUGACCCCGCUAGUGGGGGAGGUUACAAACGCUAGCACAUGUCAACAUGUUCGUGAUAGAACCGGUUCGCUCGUGGCCCUACUAGUGGGGAUUAUACACUAGCACUCGUGGCCCUACUAGUGGGGAUUAUACACUAGCACUCGUGGCCCUACUAGUGGGGAUUAUACACUAGUACUCGUGUGCCUGCCAGUGGGAGGUUUAUAACACUGGUCAUGACUAAUAGAGGAGACCACUACGUGAUUUUACUUGCAUUAAUGAUUUGUUAUUGAAACGCUCUGUUCAUGUUUCAACCGAUUAUUUGGCAUGCUUUAAACUUUGAUGUCGGGCCCCCAUGUUUACUUACUGAGAUAUUUUUAUCUCACGGUUUCCUUGUCCAUCAUUUCAGGUAGU